UAGAGUUAACCGACGAUCAUUAAAUUAAUUGAAAUCCAAGUUUAUUUAGGCAAAAUCAGGUCUCCUCUUCCCUGGUAAUUUAUAGUUUUCCCGAGAAACAAACAGACAGAUGUUUAAGAACACCUUUCAAUCUGGAUUUCUCUCCAUAUUAUAUAGCCUCGGGAGCAAACCCUUGCAGAUAUGGGAUAAAGAAGUUUCUAACGGUCAUGUGAAACGGCCACAUGAUGAAGACAUACAAUCCAAUGUACUUGAAAUAGUUGGAUCAAAUAUCCAGUCUACAUAUAUUACAUGCCCAGCUGAUCCUGCUGCAACUCUCGGCAUAAAGCUGCCAUUUUUGGUGAUGAUUGUGAAAAACUUGAAGAAAUACGUCACGUUUGAGAUUCAAGUGCUGGAUGAUAAGAAUGUCAGGCGACGUUUCCGAGCUUCUAACUUUCAAGCAAUCACUCGAGUGAAGCCAUACAUAUGCACGAUGCCACUGAAGAUGGAUGAGGGAUGGAAUCAAAUCCAGUUAAAUUUGGCUGAUUUUACUAGAAGGGCAUAUGGAACCAAUUAUGUUGAGACACUACGGGUUCAGGUUCAUGCAAACUGCCGUCUGAGGAGAAUUUAUUUCUCUGACCGGCUGUACUCGGAAGAAGAACUCCCUCCAGAAUUUAAACUCUAUCUUCCAAUGCAGAAAGCAUGAGAAGUUUUGAGCAACAAAAUCACAAUGGUUAAACUACCAAAGGCGUGAAAAUUUUCCAAGAUACAGAAGCACUACUUCUCAAGAGCUGCAUUUCUUACUUAUAAUUCCAAUUUUAUGUAUUUAUAAUUUUCUGCCGCAUGAGAAAGUGAUCGGUGUUUAGCUCAUUUCCAUUAUAUCUUAGGAGGCUUGUCAAACUUUAUAUUUUAAAGUUGAUGAAUAGGAAUCCACUUGUGUUAAGACAGAUGAAAUAUUCAACUUCCCCUUUACUAAUACACCGAAUUUUACUUUGAUUAUA